CUCUCGACAGCGCCCAGCUUCCUCCCUCCCCAGUGGGUACAAAGCUGCUCUAAACAACUAAAGAAAUGGCUGUCGUCAGUGGAACGUUCCGCAUGGUGUCGGAAGAAGAGCAGGCUCUCAGGGCCAAGCUGGAGCGCCUCACGGUCAAGGACCACGGUCCCGUGUUCGGACCCUGCGCCAAACUGCCUGACCACACCGUGCAGAAGGCCAAGGAUGAGCUGAACGAGACAGACGAAAAGCGGGCGUUGGCAGUCAAGGAGCUGAGGGGAAUCAUCAAGGAGAAGGCAGAGGCUGAGGACGACCUGGCCAAAGGGGUGCUGGAAACCUUUGGAGAGAAGCCCGACGGCAUGCUGGUCCGCUUCAUUCGAGCCAGGAAAUACGACGUGCCCCGAGCCUUCGACCUAAUGAAGGGAUACGUGCGCUUCAGGAGGGAUUACCCGGAGUUGUUCGAAAACCUGACCCCGGAGGCUGUCCGCAGCACCAUCGAGGCCGGCUACCCAGGCAUCCUGUCCAGCAGAGACAAGUACGGCCGCAUCGUUCUGCUCUUCAACAUCGAGAACUGGGAUUACGAAGAGAUCACCUUCGAUGAGAUCUUGCGUGCCUACUGUGUAAUCCUGGAGAGCCUGCUGGAGAACGAGGAGACUCAGAUCAACGGUUUCUGCAUCAUUGAGAACUUCAAGGGCUUCACCAUGCAGCAGGCCUCAGGCAUCAAACCCACUGAGCUCAAGAAGAUGGUGGACAUGUUGCAGGACUCCUUCCCUGCCCGUUUCAAGGCUGUCCACUUCAUCCACCAACCCUGGUACUUCACCACCACCUACAACGUGGUCAAGCCCCUCAUGAAGGGCAAGCUGCUGGAGAGAGUGUUUGUCCACGGAGACGAGCUGGACAACUACUACAAGGAGUUUGACGCGGACAUCCUGCCCUCCGAGUUCGACGGCAAGAACUCCAAGUACGACGGCAAAGCCAUAGCAGCCAAGCUGUUCGACUGAACACCCCUCUUCCCCAUCUAGACACACACAUCGCCAGACAGACUCUGGAGAAAGAAAAAAAAUGAAAUAAAAAGCAUAAGUGUGGCUUUAGAAAACUGUGUGAAAAAAGGGGUGUGGCUUUGUUUUCCAGCGGUUUUGAAGUAUUAAUACACCUUACAAAAGCACUCCCAACAGCACAGAGACUAUACAUGCCUGGCUCAGGCCUUAUGUUGGGUUACUUAACAGCCCUAACCAUCGAGCUUUUCUCUGUGCUGUGGGGAUGUGCUUUGUGUUAACCCCAUCUCUGACCCAGACAGCUAGUACUAGUUAAACCUGGCAGGAUCCAGUUUGCUCUAUCCACCUCACGGUGAUAGAAGGCCAGGAAUCCAAAAAGUCCCUGUCUCCAUUUGUUUGUGCUUGGAGAAGAACGAGCGGUUUAAUUCUCUGAAUUGCUGCAGAGGCAUGAGCACGUCACCACUGUGUGUACAAUAAACUGUAUAUAAUUAAAGAUGACAAAUCGGUUCACCUUGGCUUGUAGAAUCUUUGGAAAACACAAAACAUAGGUUAGCAAGGAAUACACAAUAAAUGCAGAGAAAUCUACAACAAAAUAAUAUAUUUCAAGGAUACAAGUUCAA